GUGAGUGCUAUAGGCUUCUUAUUAGCAUAUAAGCUAAUUAUCAUCAAUUCAUAUAUAUUAUUUAUUAUAGUUCUAUAACCAUUUACAACGUCGUCGACUAAUUUUAAACAAAUAGCUAUCAGUUAGAUAAAAUAUAUAGGUACGUAUAGUUUUCACCACGAAGGACAAUAGUUCGUUUAUUUCCAUUUGCCACUGUAAUUAAAAUACGCAACGUUUCUUUGUAUAAUAAUUUUAAUUUAGACAGUUUUAACGUGAUUUGUUAAUGUCACAUGUUACUCAAUUGUUAAAUUUAUAAUUAAGUUAAAAUAUUUGUAAAAACUAAAAUGUGGUGGCACGCAAAUAUCAACAAGGAGCUGAUUUUAAUUAAAUUUCAUUAUUUUCUGGCACUCGGUGCCUGUGCGCCGAUUAAUCCGUUUUUAUUUACUAUCGGAAAGCAACGGGGUUAUUCUGCAUUCGUGAUGGGCAUCACUUCCUCUGCACUCAAUAUUCCCAGUUUCAUUUUACGACCAGCAAUAGGAGGAAUCACGGACGCAUACAAAUGCCGCAAAUUUACAUUUUUGUUGGGAGAAGUUCUAAUGGCUCUUGCAGUUAUUGCAUUGAUUUGUACACCAGGUGCCUCAGGUUCAGAAAACAUAGAUGAUAACACUGUAUUCAAAACGUUGCUGUUUUGGGUAUUUUUUUGUGUUCUCUUUCUGUUUUAUCUUGGUAAUACUAUGCGUAUGGUCACGGAAGACACCAUCUGCGUCAGCCUACUAGGAGACAAUGCGCACAAAUACGGGCAACAAAGAUUGUGGGGAGCAGUUGGUUGGGGAACCUUCUCACUAAUUUCUGGUGUGUCCGUCGAUUGGCUAAGUGAAGGAAAAGAUUAUAAAGAUUAUAGAGCUGGUUACGUGGUAUCUUUGAUAUGUUCAAUUCUAGAUAUUUACGUUUCUUCAAGAAUUAAGGUUGAGCAAGUUAAAAAAACUGACACUCUCGGUGGAAAUAUGAAAAAAAUCGUAACUGAUUUUAGAAUAAUCGCACUUUUAAUUUCAACCAUCAUAUUAGGUUUCUUGUUGAGUUUUAUUACGAAUUUUCUUUUCUGGUAUCUAGAAGAUAUUACCAAUUUGUUUCAUCCUGAAUAUUAUUCCUGGAUUAAAACUAUCCAAGGGCUUUCUUUGACUAUACAGUGUUUUUUGGCUGAAGUACCAUUAUUUUUUGUGUCUAGUUAUAUAAUCAAAAAGAUAGGAAGUAUGAAUGUGUUUACAUUAGCAUUUAUGAUUUUUUCAAUACGAUUCGGUCUUUAUUCAAUUAUUGAAAAUCCAAUGUUUACACUGGGCGUUGAAUUACUUCAUGGAUUUACCUAUGCACUAGUUUAUUCAGCCGCGAUUUCAUAUGCCGCCAAAUUGGCUCCAGUUGGCGCCGAAGGAACGAUGCAGGGAAUGGUUGGAAUGUCAUUGAUAGGAAUAGGCAUCCCAUUGGGUAGUGUUGUUGGUGGUUAUUUAAUGAAGGAUUUUGGAGCCAUUACUACAUUUAAACUAAUUGGUAUUGUUGCGUUCACCGUUUGUAUCUUCCAAGCAGUAAUGAAUUUGAUUAUUAAGCAAAUGUAUAAAAGUAAAAAUGAAACUAACGAAACUAGUUAAUUUUUAAACAUAAUGAAAUACAUGUAUUAAAAGAUACUCAUUAGUUUAUUAUAAGUAUUAUACAAAUAAUACAGUAUUGUAAUUUGCCAUAUAUUAUAUGUAAAUAAUAUAUACAUAUAAAAAUUAUGUGUAUUAUUAUCGUGCUACUAAAAAUUAUGUAAUAACCUAUCAUAUUAAUUAAGCGUGUUGUCCAGAUGACAGAUUUA